GACUUCGUGCGUUUCUUCUCAUACUCCCGGCGCGUCAAAAAGCUCGGGAGUCGCAUAUUUCCUCAAGUGACUCUGAACGGCGAGCGUCUGCCCUGUGUCGAACACGGAUACAUCCUGUCUACGUCUCAUCGAAUCCCUUUCGGGGUCUGGGAUUUCCUCUCAGCUUUCGCGCCGAGACCCCUCUUCCCCAAUCUGCAGUCCAUUCAUCACAAAGAAUGGGAAGGGCGCCUGGAUACCGAGGACCACCAAAUACCUAUCCAAUACGCCGACAUGCUCUUCGGGCCCCGCCUGCAAAAGGUAGAAAUCUGCUGCCCCGACCCGGAACACUAUCCCUCGCGCGCCACUCAGCUCAUCCGCAGCCUGGAAAACGUGGCCGCUCUCUCGCUGAAGGACCUCAGCAUCGAGGCUCAACCAGACAAUCGCAUCCGCUGGCACUAUGAUGCAACCAGCUCGCUUUACGGCCCGGAGAUUGGCCUCUUCCACCGUCUGUCCAGCUUUAGCAGCCGCUCCGUGUGCGUCGCACCAGAUGCUCUUGUAGCUCUCGGCCGCGUUCCCUGUUUGGAGUACUUGACACUCUACGUCGAUCCAGCCGAGUAUUCAUGGGAUUCGCUGCCUCACGAAGGAGGCGUCGACUUCUUUCCCGCCCUCGUACAGCUCACUCUGUACCAGAUCAGCUUCGAGUGGUGCACGCUCUUCCUGCGGGUCCUGUCCUCCACGUCUCUGCGCGGGUUAUCCGUCCACGGCGGAAUCGACCCGCUUCUUCUUCCGCCCCUCCUCGAAGCGCUCUGCGCUGCGAUCAGCGAACUUCCGUCCGCUCACUCGCUCGUAGACAUAUUCAUCAAACCGGACGGGUACAUCAAAAACAGGCCUGGAACUGCGGAUAGAAACACCGGGUCCCAAAUAUACUCGCCCGAGCAUAUCACACCGCUCUUCGCCCUGCCCGCCGUCCAACGUCUCGUCAUCGAGGGAAAAUGCAAAUUCAGCCUUGACGACGCCACGCUCGAAACUAUGUCGCUAUCUUGGCCUGACCUCGUCGAGCUCGCCGUCGGGUGGGACAUGGAUGAUUUGCCCGAGUCAGACUACAAGCGCUCGCCGGAGGACGAUGACUUCCCGUACGUGACGCCCUGGGGGCUCCUCCACCUCGCGCGUCGCUGUCCUCGCUUGACCAAACUCGCGAUCGUGGUCGACUGGCACUGGACGCCUACCUGCGACUAUUAUGCGCUCGCGCCCGUCCCUCCCGUGCACCUCUCGGGGCCCGCGGUGUCUGCGCUGCGAGAGCUCGAUGUCCGGGGUUCCGUGCUCGGAUUCCGCAGAUCCGCGAUUGCGUCGUUCCUCUCGCUUGCAUUUCCGCAUCUCGAGAGUAUGUGGGACCCCACCGAGGAGGCAGCGUGGAGGGAAGUGGCAUUUUACUAUAAAUGGUUCUUGCAGGUACGAACACAGGAGAAGGCGUACGCUCACAGGAGUGGGAGACGAUUACGGGCGCCGGCCGCGCAUUCGGGAUUACACUCAGAGCAUUCCACCUAGUAUUGUCCUCAUAUAACUUACGAGAUAUCUGAAGUACGCCAGACUGUUUGUAGGGUUCUGCACUGUGUUGAUCUGCAUUUGGAUGGAGAAUUUGAACGUCUUGAUCUUCA